AUCAAAAUAGACCCAAAUGAUAUCAAACCUUACUCAAUCCUGCAAUCAUACCUUCAAACCCAAGAUGCAAGUGCUUUUCCUCGAACGCGUCGAUACUUUUCCGUCUACUCGUAUCUAGGUAAAAUCCUCUUUCUCUGAUUAGUCCCUACGUACUGUUCAUUCCUUACCUCUUCCCUCUUACCUGAUCAAGAUCAACCCAAGCACCAAAGCAAGCACCAAGCACCAAAGCAACGAGGCAACCAAGCAACGCACCAAGCAUCGCACCCAAGCACGAUCACGUCCCCCUCGUUCUUUCAAUUUCUGCAUUUCUCCAUUUCUCCAUUUCUCAAUUUCUCUCUUACUCAUAUCGUAUAAACUAAUAAAUUUCCAACCCUUCUAACCCUUCUAACCCUUCCAAUCCCAUCCACACUACCACACUACCACACUCCCACACUACCUACGACCUACUUCCUACUACAUCCACCACUUCCACAUCCACUCAUCCUAAAUCCACCACCCAUAAUAAUUCUUUCCUUCUUUCACCCACCAAACCUAAACCGAAACCGAAAAAAAAUAAAAAAUAAGAAUACAAUACCUCCCUCCCCUCCCCUCAUCCACAUCCACUUCCAUCCUUCCACCCUUUCGUCUCCCGUCCUUUGUCGACUUAUUCAAUAACUGCGUUGCUUGAUUGCAUCUAAUUGUUUCUCGUCGAUACUCGAUCAUUCUUCUUUGAUUUACUGCUUUCCUUGCGGAAUUUGAGGAGUUUUUCAGAGCAGUUGUUACCACAGUCGAUCCAAAACAUUUUGAAUUUAUUCCCGAGAUUUCUCCAGCAAUAAUUCAAAUCUUCCACGCUCGAUUUUUCGCAGGCGCAAAACGUUUGUCCUCAAGACUUUUCAAAUCGAGUUCACUAUAUUCCGACGUCGCUUUGAAGCACUUACAUUUUCAAUCGCACAUAUCGGUUAUUUCGAGGGGCGAUUAGAGUAUAAUUCACUAGUUUGAUACUUCAAGAUUUCUAAGAUUACGCCGAUCUUUGAAGCUAUUUCAACGGUCCUCGUUCUUGAAUUCUUACUUUUAAACUUACACCACAACACACUUUUUCGCAACCACAACGCGGAAAUACUUUGCUUCCUUCUUUAUAUCUUUGUUCUUCCUUAAACCAAACCUUCUCUUGUGAACAGAUCGAUCUUCGCAAUGUCUUUCCAACAACAGCAAGCUUACGAUCCUGCCCAACAAGGUGGCUACGAACAGAACAACGGUAACGGUGCCAUGCCACCACCACCAAUGCAGCAGCAACAACAGCAGCAAGGUGGUAUGCCUGCCGGUGACGGUGGAUCACCAGCUCCAUUUGCGCAACAAGGUGCCGGCGUUGAAGGCUCUUCAGGCAGCGUCACAGGAGAUGCAAAGACAACCCUCUGGAUGGGUGAGCUUGAGCCAUGGAUCGAUGAGAACUUCAUCCGCAGCGUCUGGUUCGGAAUGGGCGAGCAAGUUAAUGUCAAGAUGAUUCGCGACAAAUUCUCUGGAAACGCUGGUUAUUGUUUCAUCGACUUCACUUCCCCAGCUGCUGCUGCAAAGGCUUUAUCCUUGAACGGAUCCAUGAUUCCAAACACCACUCGACCAUUCAAGCUCAACUGGGCCUCUGGUGGUGGUCUUGCCGAUCGUCGGUCAGAAUCCCGUGAUGACCGUGGACCAGAAUUUUCUAUCUUUGUUGGUGACCUUGGACCGGAAGUCAAUGAGUACGUCCUCGUCUCAUUGUUUCAGGCCAGAUUUCCCUCUUGCAAAUCAGCCAAGAUCAUGACUGACCCCAUUUCGGGAAUGUCCCGUGGCUAUGGCUUCGUUCGCUUCGCCGAAGAGGGCGAUCAACAACGUGCCCUUACCGAGAUGCAGGGUGUGUACUGUGGCAACAGACCCAUGCGCAUCAGCACAGCAACACCCAAAAACAAGUCUGGCGGUGCUGGACCAGCAGGUAUGCAGAUGCAAGGCGGCGGUGCUGGUGGUAUGCCCGGUGCCAUGGGAGGUGCCCCAGGCAUGUACGGAAUGGGUGGUGGCCCACCAAUGGCUGGAUACUAUGGUACUCCUCAACCAAUGAAUCAAUUUACCGAUCCAAACAACACAACUGUGUUCGUUGGUGGUUUAUCUGGCUACGUCACCGAGGAUGAGCUCAGAUCCUUCUUCCAAGGUUUUGGCGAGAUCACCUACGUCAAGAUUCCACCCGGAAAGGGCUGUGGAUUUGUCCAAUUCGUUCAACGACACGCUGCUGAGAUGGCUAUAAACCAGAUGCAGGGAUACCCUAUUGGCAACUCUCGCGUUCGUUUGUCUUGGGGACGUUCCCAAAACAACUCGGGACCAGCCGGAACCCCAUACCGACCUGCUCCUCCACCUCCUCACUACCAGCAGAUGGGUAUGCCACAACAGCACAACCCUUACAAUGGUUUCCAACCUUUACAGGUGAGAUUUGUUCCUUCAAUACACUUUCAAGCUGACAAUUUAUAACCAGGUCAACAGAGUCACCAACAACCAGCCGCCGCUUACAACGCUGGAUACCAACAUCAGCAACAACCAUCCGGUGGUCCAAUUGCCAACGGUGGCUUUAAUAACCAAGCACCUUAUGCCUAAUUCCAGUAUCUAUAGUCGCGCGUAGUCUCUCAAAUUGGUCGUCUUUCGCGGAUACCCUUCGGCACACUUCUACGAUUUGGGUUCUUCGAUCUUUCAUUGGUUUUUCUUACACUACUGCAAGAUACCCUGCUGCAUCUAGGAUACUUUAAUGACGCUUGCUCUCAAUUUUCAUGGGAUUGACAACAAUAAUGGUGGAUGACUCGGCUUUUAUGGUUAUGGUUUAUGGUUAUGGUUUCUUUUGAAUUUUACACAAUAUUUCCUUUGGUUCAAUACUUUCGACAUUUCACGACUCUGAAACGUCUCACAAUUCGAUGAAAAAAAAUUCCAGCGAGCUUUACUUGCAAAUUACAUUACCUCGAUACAUACCUUGGCGAAAAUGGAAAGGCGUCAUGGUUUGGUGCAUUAUAGUACAUCGAUCAUGAUACCACUCUUGCGUGCAUGGAUGGGGGCCUGGACGGCAUUGCUUUUAGGUGUGCGGCGUGAUAUUCAUCUAAUUUACUACGUGGUCUUUCUCUGUUUUCGAAUCUCUUUCUUUCCAGUACAUAGCCGCGACGGAGGAUCUUUUACGUCUCUACUCUUCUUUGAUGGAAUUUACACUAGUAUUCUGGUGGUAUUUCGGGCUUUGGGGAAAAGUUGAUGGAUGGAUUGAUGAAUCAUAUUGUUGCGUGGGUUUUCGUCGGAGGGCAUGACAUUUAUUCUACCUCGUGGUUUGAUAUCUUCUCGGGAAUGACAUGGUGCAGCGUAGCAUCGUAUAAAUAUAGUUGCAGUGGUUCAUCAGCGAGUAAGCUUUUAGGCAUUGGUUGAAGGAAUUUACGGGCUGAUUUGAGGUGUGGAACGUGUGUCGUCUGUCAGUCAAGAAUUAAGAAGGAUUCAUUCAUUGUCUUUUAUCAAGAUCUGUAUGGUUUUGAUUAUG